CAGCAUUCAACUCUGUAGGACUGUAGACACAAUUUUUUUUCUCCAGUAUGCGUCUUUUUUCCUUGGACGCAUUGGACCACAUUACUAACUUCAAUGGCAGGCAAAUCUCUCAAGCGCCCAUGUCCCACCAAGUAUCAGACAGCCAACUCCGAGUCAGACUCGGACACUCAUGCCAACGACAUCGUGCCCAGCACACCCUCUGCCAGUGAGGCUCUCCAAGUCAACGCUAACAUGCCCCAGGACGAGACCAAGGCCAAAUGUCCGCGUCUUCGCCGGUGGGCUAGCAUCCAACUAGAAAAGCAGCAGAAGGAAGAUGCACUCAACUUGCAAUGGGCCCGGGAGCGAGCGGAUGUGGAAGAGGAACAACGCCGACGGGGAUAACGAAAUUGUCGAGGUGACGGUUGGAUACCUUCAACAACUUAUUGAACACCGUUGGGAUACUGAGAAGUCACUCACUGAGGCCAACCGUCGAGCUCAGUUACUCGAGAUCAACACCUUCCGCCGACGGUUGACUGAGACCACCGAUUCACGCGAGGAAAAUAAGGCUGAGGGUGAUACAACCAUUUGCGCACAAGUUUUAUAAACCUUCAUAAUGCAGAAUUAAUCAAAAGGAUACAUAUCAUAUCAGGCGGUUCGGAAUUUGUAGAAGCUGUACAUGUCUAUCCAAGGAUUAAGGUAGAAUGUCUUGCAUGCAUCCAAGAUGAAAUCCC